UUUCAAACCCCACCGGUCCCUCAGAUUUCCCUCAAGGGGUAAUUAUGCAGCGCGAGGUGACGUCCUAUUACUUUGGUCCCAAAUAUUAACAAAUGCCACUAAAGUGACAGUCGGUUUGGAGUGGAGAGAGCAACGGACGUCCAAAUCGGCGACCCGGGGGGAUGUGCUGUCUUAAAGGGCUCUUGUCUUGCCUGCUUACUGUCGUUCAGUUGGAUUUAGGAGAGAUGAAGAAAAGGUCUUUGGGAUGCGGAGGAAAGGAAGAGUUCCACUGCAGCGGUUGCUCAGUCACCGAAUCUUAAAAGAGGACUGAAUGAGCCGAUAUGGUUAUGACUGGAUAUAUAUGAAGAACAACGCUUAACACUGCUGCUGAAAGCUGAACGUUGCGGGAACAUUUUGCUCACUGCUUCAAAAGGAAUUCAUUGCAGAUCUUCAACGUGGAUCCACUGCACCAAUCAGGCUUUUAAGGUAUGGAAUAUGGACCACACUUCAGCGCCAAAAUGAGAAGUCUGUGGGUCAGUGUUGUGUUCGUGACUUUCACCUGCCAUCUGAGCCUCUCCCAGUCUACUACAGGCACUCCUAAAGAGUCAGAGCUCAAUGAUAAUAUCACAGUGUUCACACGGAUCUUGGAUGGAUUGCUGGAUGGCUAUGAUAACAGACUGCGACCUGGGCUGGGAGAGACAGUGACAGAAAUUAAGACCAAUAUCUUUGUUACCAGCUUUGGUCCAGUGUCAGAUACAGAAAUGGAGUACACCAUUGAUGUGUUUUUCCGUCAAAGCUGGAAAGACGAACGUUUGCGAUUUAAGGGGCCAAUGAAAAUGCUACCUCUGAAUAACCUCCUGGCCAGCAACAUCUGGACCCCUGAUACCUUUUUCCUUAAUGGCAAAAAAUCCAUCGCUCACAACAUGACCACGCCUAACAAGCUUCUAAGACUGGAAGAUGAUGGGACAUUGCUGUACACCAUGAGACUGACUAUAUCAGCAGAGUGUCCCAUGCAGUUGGAGGAUUUCCCUAUGGAUGCUCAUGCUUGCCCUCUCAAAUUUGGCAGCUAUGCCUACCCUAUCUCUGAAGUGGUGUAUAAGUGGACUCAAGGCCCAGCUACAUCUGUGGUCGUGGCGGAGGAGGGGUCACGCCUCAACCAGUACCAUCUGAUUGGCCAGACGGCUGGUACAAAAGACAUCAGCACAAGUAGAGGUCAAUACACAGUCAUGAUGGCCCAUUUCUACCUGAAGAGGAAGAUUGGUUACUUUGUGAUUCAGACAUACAUGCCCUGCUUUAUGACUGUCAUCCUGUCCCAAGUCUCUUUCUGGCUGAACCGUGAAUCUGUCCCUGCCAGGACUGUCUUCGGUGUGACCACAGUUUUGACCAUGACCACCCUCAGCAUCAGCGCUCGCAACUCGCUACCCAAAGUGGCGUAUGCAACUGCCAUGGACUGGUUCAUCGCUGUUUGCUAUGCCUUUGUGUUCUCAGCACUCAUUGAGUUUGCAACAGUCAACUACUUUACCAAACGCAGCUGGGCAUGGGAUGGAAAGAAGGCCUUGGAGGCCCAGCAGCCCAAAAAAAAAGACCCAUUGGCACUCUCCAAGAAGCCAAACAAUGCCUGUUCACCUGGAGUGAACUUCACCCCCAACAUCACAAAGGAUGCAGCUAUCUCCACCAUCUCUAACAGCACUGCUGUUCAGUUGAAGAGUGCUGAGAGCAAGACUGCAAUGGACCCCAAAAAGACCUACAACAGCGUCAGCAAAAUUGACAAGAUGUCCCGGAUAGUGUUCCCUGUCCUUUUUGGGACUUUCAACCUGGUAUACUGGGCCACAUACCUCAACAGGGAACCAGUGAUUAAAGGAGUUGUUUCGCCUACAUAAAAUGGAUGACCCCACCACGCCAAUCCCUUUGCAACCUAUUUUUCUUCAUCACUUUAAUAUUAAAUGACAAAAUGACCCUGCAAAAAUGAUGCCAAGCACUUAUUUACUGCACCUCUUACAUCACUAAUCUACAGUAUAAAGGGAGUGCUUCUGUCAAAUUUCCCUUCUAAUAUCAUAAAUUGCAUGACUGAUUCCAAGCUCUUUGGGAAUAUUAUUGCCAUAUCUGCCUUGACUUUCUACUUUAUAGUCCCCUGUACUAGGAUUUCAUUGGUUAUUGCGUUCAUCUUACAAUGAAAUGAGCUCCACACAGGCUGCCAUUUCAUUCAAGAAAAGUUUCCAAAGGACUUUCCAAAGGAAAAAAAUAAUGCAUUUGGCAUCAACAAAUAUCACUGAAUCAAAAAAGAUUUAUGAAAAAAGUACAGCAAGGCCAAAUGCUAUGCAAAACCACAGUUUUCUACAAUACUGUAAUCAGUAAUUGCUUGUAAUGAAACCCCUUGCUUUAUAUGAAUGGAAUUAUUUAAGUUUAGUAGCUUUAGCAUAAGUGUUUUUUUAGGCACACAGAUAGCCAUGCUAAAUUUUUUGCCUUCAGUGGGAUAACUUAAUAUUGAGUGCACUGGAAUGUCCUGCAACUACUUUAAAAGGCAAGUUUGAUUCUGCUUUCAUUUGUAAUUUUUUUUUUUUUUUUUUUUAACUAACUAAAUAGCAUUGUGCAUCCUAGAGGCAGCUUUUCACACUUUAGUCCAAGAUAUUCUGCAAAGUGAACAAGGUCGGGUUGCGGCUAAGAAUUUCAAAUCAUUUGUACAUAGCUUGUGUAUGCUUUGCUUUAAUGUAAAUGUGGCUUAACAUUAGCGUGGAAGAGCUGAAAAUGGUUCUGCUACGCUAUCUAAUGUGCAGCCAAAGCAACAUGAAUGCAGGCUAGCUCACUGGAAAUGCAGAUUGUCUUGUGAAAUAUAAUAGGCUUUGACAGAAUAUGGCAUUUCUUUACAGUUAAUCGUUUUUAACUUAUUCAAAAUGUAUUUUCAUGCUGUUUAGGCAACACACGUUUUCUUACUUUUCUCUGUGCGGUAAAUUGCUCUGUGGGGUUUGAUUAACUGGAGGAGAGAUUGAAUGUUGACACCUAGUAGUAACAUAGGGAAUUUUUCUUUACAUUGCCUUGUAGACUAAUCUAAGUGAAAACAUUAGGUUAAAAAGGACUGAAGAACAAUAUGAAAGAACCACUUAGGCCUACACAUAGAAUAAAUGACCAACGUUAUACUAAAUGCACCAUUAUUCAGAUUCUAAAAAUGUCAAGACAGACAUAAUAUAGAAAAAAGACAUUGAGAAAGAAAUAAGCCAAAUGGAACAAGAAGACCGAUGUUUCAGAGAUGGUAAUUGCUGUUGUCAAGCAUGUGAACACGAAGCUUGUUGAAGCUGAAAUGUCACACAAACAUACCAUCUCUCCAGCCUUCAACUGUAAUGUAUGGCUACUUAUUUUAUGGAAAAUAUGGAGAAAAGGACAGUGACCUUGUUAGUGCAAAAGAGCAAUUUGGAAAGACUUGGUUAUUAUCCUUUAUACCACGGGUCUGUUAAAUAUUUGAUUCUGAUUGGUUCACAGACAUUCUAAGGUGUGCAAUUAUUUUUCAAGGAAACGCACGGCUAUGAAGUAGUUCCAGGUCUUGACCACAUAACGGUUCCACAUCACAUCGCCAAAUUAUUUCAAGUAUUUCAAAGAGCCCUACAGGCUACCACAACAAAAUAACCAGUUAAAACAAAGACAAUGGUUAAAGUAAAUCAGUUAAGAAUGUCAAACAAUGUCUAAAAUAUCCUACAUUUAUUUCAAUUUUGGUUAAAAAGAGCCCUCGCGCUCCCUCGUCUCCCCUGCACUUACACAUGCUCACAUACACACACACACACACACACACACACACACAGUGGAAAGUACCGGGCUAACCCCCCCCCCCCCCAAUUUCGCUUUCACACAAACAGAGAAAAGCAGCGCAUCCUUCGUUGAUGUUUUCGAAUUAGCAAGGAAGGCUUGAGGUGUAUCAAAGCUAGAUAUACUUGAUCAAUACAGCAGUUUCUAUAUUAUCUGAAAUAGCUGUGUGAAAAUCCCUCAUGCUCCCCCUCUCACACACACACUCCCACACUCGUAGACACACAUUAUACGCAUAACACACACACUUAAGGCCCAAACAUACUCAUGAGAGAAAAACAGAGUCGUCAUGUCAGUGCACUCCUGCAUAACAGUAGGGAUUAAAAAAAGUUGUUAAGGUUUAUAAUGAGAAUAUGGCGACAUGUAUCUUGGCCAUUUUGAAGCAAUGUUAAUUCUGACGAGAGUUGCAACAAAAAAAGGUAAUCCCAGAAGUGAUCUCUCUCAUUUUCUGAGUUUCGCUCUUUCGAUCCCUCAAAUACAAACUCACAUGCACAAACGCACUACUUUAUUACUCCAGUAAGUCCUUGAGUAAAGCAGGGCAAUCCUCCGUUGCUAGUUCUAAUGUGACAUUUUUUAAUUAGCAACAAAGGCUUGAGCUGUAUUAAAGUAAGAUGCUGAAUCUGUGGUGGAAGAAAGUAGUUCCACUCAUAAGAGCAUUUUAGGGAUGAAAACCAGAAAAUGUCUUGAGAUAAAACCCUGAACGAUGUCUUAAGGUGUGGUAACCAUGGUAUAAGUGGAAUACUUGACGACAGACCGUUAAACUGUUGAAAAAUAAUGCACACCCGAGGUGUGCAUUAUUGUCGUCAAUUAUUCCUUAUGUAAUUAUUCUAUUCUAAACUUGUUACAUGAAAGCGAAAUGGCGCAAAGAACUAAGUGACCCCAUGGAUGCUGUGUAGGUCAUUAACUACAAGAACCAUUAAACCCUGCUCAUCUGUGCAGUAUUCAGGCCUGCAAGAGACAGAAUUUCAAGCAAACUAACUAAAACAGAGAUAUUAGAAAGAAACAUGAGAGCAAGUAAUGUGCCCUUUUAUAAAAAAUGGAUGAUUCCAGAAAUGUACAGCUGUUCCUCAAAGCAUACAUGUCUUAAGCAAUAAAUUAAUGCCUGAUAUGUUUCUUGACUAAGUUCUGAUUACUCUGCUCUAGGGUCACUUGUUUUGCAAUCAGCAGAAGAAAGUGCAAUGUUUAGAAUUGUCCUUACCUUAGAAUUAUAGUAACAGACGGAAACCUGUCUACUGUAAUUAACACCCUGGGUAGAAAUGUUCAUGCUCAGUUAAAGGAACACGAAUCAAGAUUUCCAUAGUAAACAGCAUCAAGUUGCCUGGGCAGAACUUUAUUUACUUCAAAAAUGGUACGCCAUACAUUUGCUUUGGUUAACACUGGACCGUGUGGCAUGAGAGGUUUUUAUGUUAUUGGGUUCACAGGCUCAUGGCAAUAAGAUUGUGUGCAAGAAGCUUAGCAUGAUAUUUUCCUAAUGGAACAGUUUCUGCAGAAGUGACUGUAACUGUGGAAGAAGGAUUCUACAGAUUACUCCUGGGAUUAUACAAAACACACAUACAGUAUGUGCAAACACGCACGCACACAUCGAGACCAGAGUUCCUGGAGCAGGGAGGAUGCUGAAUCCUUCUUCUGGUCCUGUGUGCCGGCAACAUCUGGCCCACAUCUGUUUGUGAAGGAUUUAGCUCCACUUAAGUUGCUUUUCCCAACCAGUGCUUCUAUGUAUGGUACCAAAUUAAACUACCACCAGUGCAACCAAAUGACUGUAUUUUUGCAUUGUGUGCAUUAUUAAACUAGCAGAGACUGUCAGCUGUGCGUGAUGUGUGAUGCCAGAUCGUUAUGGAUGCAUUUGAAAAAGAUUUGGAUUUGAAGAUGUACAUUGGAUAUUCAAAUUAAAUUUGUGUAUUCUGUGUAUGUUACAUUAUGGUGUAGAUCAUCCAUCCUUAUGAAAUCUGCUGCUUAAGCUUUAUGAAUAUUAAGCGAAGCUGUUAUUUUGUUUGUCUAUGUCUGAGUUACACUGGCAUUUAUUUGACAUGUCAUGCUCUUGUUGUGGGCUUGCUGAAAGACUACUCAGUUUUAAUACAUGUAAAGCAAGUUUAAAUCACUCCAAUAUACCGAACUCAUCCCUCACAAUAAUGCACAGCAUGUCAAUGGACCUUAAACCUUUAAUCCCAAGUGACAAAGUAAAAGCCCGUGAAUCCUAUUGCUGGUGCCGAACCGGAAUUCCGCUUGUGUAGAUGUUGUCUCUUAUGGAAGACCUGAACCGCACUGUGAAAAAACAAAAAACAAAUUUGUAGGUGUCUAGUGCCCAGGGUUGGGGAGUAACGAAAUACAUGUAACGGGAAUGCAUAUUUAAAAUAUAAAAUAUAAGUAACUGUAUUCCACUACAGUUACAAUUUAAAUCAUUGGUAUUUAGAAUACAGUUAAAUUCAAAAAGUAUUUUGAUUACUGAAGAGAUUAUUUGGCAUUUUAUUGUCAUUUGUUUCAUACGAGCAGACAGAGAAGUAAGUUUGAAGUAAUU